GCCGGUGCGCUGGGGGUGGUCAUGGUGCUGCUGCUGGUCAUCCUCAUUCCGGUGUUGGUGAGUUCGGCGGGCACAUCGGCGCACUACGAGAUGCUGGGCACCUGCCGCAUGGUCUGCGACCCCUACGGCGGCACCAAGGCGCCCAGCACGGUGGCCACGCCCGAUCGCGGCCUCAUGCAGUCGCUGCCCACCUUCAUCCAAGGCCCCAAGGGCGAGGCCGGGCGACCGGGUAAAGCCGGCCCCCGGGGGCCCCCGGGGGAACCCGGUCCGCCGGGGCCGGUGGGCCCGCCGGGCGAGAAGGGCGAGCCUGGGCGCCAGGGACUCCCCGGCCUGCCCGGGGCGCCGGGCCUGAACGCGGCAGGGGCGAUCAGCGCCGCCACCUACAGCACCGUGCCCAAGAUCGCCUUCUACGCGGGCCUCAAGCGCCAGCACGAGGGUUACGAGGUCCUGAAGUUCGACGACGUCGUCACCAACCUGGGGAACCAUUACGAUCCGACCACGGGCAAGUUCACCUGCUCCAUCCCGGGCAUCUACUUCUUCACCUACCACGUGCUCAUGCGGGGCGGCGACGGCACCAGCAUGUGGGCUGACCUCUGCAAGAAUAACCAGGUGCGAGCUAGUGCCAUUGCACAAGAUGCAGAUCAAAACUACGAUUAUGCCAGCAACAGCGUAGUCCUACAUUUGGAACCAGGAGAUGAAGUCUAUAUAAAAUUAGAUGGUGGGAAAGCACAUGGAGGAAACAACAACAAAUACAGCACAUUUUCUGGAUUUAUAAUUUAUGCUGACUGAUAUUAAAACAAAAACUAAAUGACCUAAACAAUGGAUUCUCGUGGCAAAAAUGAAAGAAUCAAGAAAUCCCAGAGGAUUCCGGUCGUAGACACUUCAGUAGUGAGGCCAAAUGCUACCUGACUCACAUCUGUACAACCCAGAGAAAGAUGUGUUUAAAAAAAUAGAGCAAGUAUAACAGAUGUGUGGUCCACUAUCGCCAAAGCAAAAUAGUCCUUGUUGUUAAUGUUCAUGUGAAUGAAGUCCUAUAUAAAUCACAAUUUUUAUAGAGAGAAAAAAGAAAAAAAAAGCACCGAAUUACUUCAGCAUAUAUAAUACCCUUGGUGUGCUAUGAUUUCAUGCUGCUUUUCUCCAUCCAUCAGCUUUGGUGCUUGUGACUUAUCUGCUAACUAUGAUGAGGGUGGAACCAAUUCCCAGUAUAUGGUGAAGAAUGGUUUUUCAAUAAAAGGAAGAUGUAACAGAAAUUCUUCUAUUCCCUCCAAAGGAUAUAUUUGCCUAAUCUUUCCAUUCCUUUGCUACCUAGAAAUAGAAAACCAAACUCCUUCAAGGCUUAGCUUUAAUGUUAUUGGACUUAGGUGAGAAUACGGCUACAGCACAAUUGUCUCCCUUUCUGUUCUUGCUUCAGCCCAGCGUAGGACCCCCUCUAGCACCAGGAGGAUUGCCUUUUUUAGUUUAACGAAGGAAGACCUACCCAUGAAUAUGAGUAUGAAGUCAGUGGGCAGUUUGUACAAGCCAGAGGGCCACAGGCAUUCUGAAUGACAUGCAGGGCUCUGACUCUGUAUGCUAAGCUUCAGCAAGAGACAGAAAAUAAUGAAACCAUCGCAUUCCCUGAAAACAAAACGUGAAAUUUUAAAAAAGCAAAAAGAAAACCUGUAUUCUAGGACUAGGAGU